AUGCCACACAAGCUCGACAUCUUAGUCGUGGGCGCUGGGCUCUCUGGACUCGCCGCAGCGAUACAAUGUGCCUUGUCAGGACACUCGGUGACGGUAUUGGAGGGCGCAAGGGAGCUGGCUGAAAUAGGCGCAGGCCUCCAACUUACACCUAAUGCUACACGUCUCCUUCUGAACUGGUCUGUUUACGACACUAUCCGCGAUCGUGUCUGCGAGCCCAUCGCACUGACUGUCCACAACUAUCGCGGCAAGAUACUUGCGCACGAGGCAGAGUUCGAUGCGAACAUCCGCCGCAAGUACGAAGCGCCAUUCUCCGACUGCCAUCGCGUAGAUCUGCAGCAGGCCAUGGUCAAGCGAGCGCAAGAACUGGGCGUGAUCGUAGUACUGAACGCAAAAGUAACGAUUGUAGAUCAGGGGUUGUCUACCGGCGAUAGGGCGCGCGUGACGACCUCAGAGGGCCAGAACUACGACGCCGAUCUUAUAGUCGGAGCAGACGGGCUCUGGUCCUUUUGUCGAUCUGCUGUGCUAGGACGUAACGACCCCCCACUACCUACAGGAGAUUUAGCAUAUCGCAUCGUGCUCAAAAUAGAUCAGAUCAGCGAUCCGAAGCUGAGGGAAAUGGUGCGAUCACCCAUGUGUCGGUUCUGGGCGGGUCCAGACGCACACGUUGUAGCAUACAGCAUACGUGGCGGUGACAUGUAUAACUUGGUCUUACUCGUUCCCGAUGAUCUAGAAGCAGGUGUCGCAAGGACCGAAGGCAACUUGGACGAAAUGAGGGAUUUGUUCGAGGGAUGGGACCCGGUGUUGAUUCAGCUACUCGGUUAUGUGGACAAGGUUGACAAGUGGAAGCUAAUGCACCGGGCGGAGAUGAGCUCCUGGAUCAACGCGCAGCAUAAUCUUGUGCUCAUCGGAGAUUCGUGUCACCCAAUGCUUCCUUAUCUCGCUCAAGGCGCAAACUCUUCUAUCGAAGACGGCGCCGUCCUUGGGCUUUUACUAGCUCCGGAGCACUUCAAUUCCAAAGAUGAACUACCAAGUACACUGCAGUUGUUCCAACAGCUACGCAAGGCACGCGGCGAACUUAUUGUGAAGGAAACAUUCAAGCAGCGAGAAGAUUUUCAUCUGCGCGACGGGCCACAGCAAGAGAAGCGGGAUGCGCUGAUGCUGGCGCAACUGGGAAAGCCCCUUCAAAGCGCAUUCCCUAGUCGAUGGACAUGUCCCGAGGUACAACCUUGGCUUUACGGUUACAACGCGAAAAUCGACGUAAAGACAGCGUUGCAGGCUGCAAGGCAGACUUAA